AUGUCUCUCCAGGUUGACAAUGUGACCUUGGCUCGCCGCGGUGAGCAGGUCGAUGGUACCCUCCAUCUCACCCCUCACCACCUUAUCUUCUCGCACACACCCACGAUUUCCGCCGAAGACCAGGUAAAGGGUGUGGUAGUCAGACCUAGAGAGCUCUGGUUCACAUACCCCAUCAUCGCUUUCUGUACCCUGCGCCCGGCUCCUGCAGCCUCCCGCCAGCUCUCCUCCAUCCGCCUUCGAUGCCGAGACUUCACUUAUGUCUGCUUCUACUUUGUCAAUGAAGUCAAAGCACGUGAAGUUUUUGAGAGCAUCAAGCAAUGGACGUGCAAAUCCAGCCGGAUCGACAAACUAUAUGCAUUUACCUAUCAGCCUCCCCCACCAGAGAGAGAAUUCAAUGGGUGGGAUUUGUAUGACCCGCGCAAAGAAUGGGCGCGCCAGGGCAUUUUAAAUGAAGGCUCACGAUGGCGACUCUCUGAGAUAAAUGCGAACUACGAAUUCUCCCCAACCUAUCCCGCCAUCAUCCCCGUACCCUCUUCCAUCUCCGAUAAUACUCUCAACUAUGCAGGACGCUACCGAUCCCGAGCGAGAAUCCCAGCUUUAACAUAUUUCCACCCUGUCAAUAAUUGCACAAUCACCAGGAGCUCGCAGCCGCUGGUCGGUGUCCGACAGAACCGAAGCAUUCAAGAUGAGAAGCUUCUUUCCGCCAUAUUCUUGACCUCUCGGUCUGAGCGGCCAUUAGCGAGCUUCUCCUCGCCUCCUUUGGAGAAAGAAUCAUCGGACUCGAAUCCUGAUAGCCCAGAGACAAGCCAGGUGGUGAUCCCCGAGCCGACAAACGCCGAGGACUUGGAGGAUGACUUGCUGGCUGCUACAGACGGUGAUAUUGAGGAACAACGCUUGAUUUACGGAGCCCAGCAGUCAAAUUUGAUUGUGGACGCACGCCCUACUGUUAAUGCGUUUGCCAUGCAAGCCGUUGGGCUCGGCUCUGAGAAUAUGGACAAUUACAAGUUCGCUACCAAGGCAUAUCUUGGUAUUGACAACAUCCAUGUCAUGCGAGACUCGUUGAACAAGGUCAUAGAUGCCUUGAAGGAUUCGGAUGUUACACCACUAGGCCCAAAUCGCGACCAGUUGGCCCGCAGCGGCUGGCUCAAGCACAUCGGUGGGAUCCUAGAGGGCGCUAGACUGAUCACUCGUCAGGUUGGCCUAACCCACUCCCAUGUGCUAAUCCACUGCUCAGAUGGAUGGGACCGCACAAGUCAGCUCAGUGCAUUGAGUCAAAUUUGUCUGGAUCCGUACUAUCGGACUUUGGAAGGCUUCAUGGUUCUCGUGGAGAAAGAUUGGCUCUCAUUUGGGCAUAUGUUCCGACACCGAUCGGGUCAUUUGAACAGCGAAAAAUGGUUCCAGAUUGAGAACGAGCGCAUUGGUGGUGACCCCAAUCGUGCAUUCGGCGAGGGAGGCGGCGCUGGGAAAGCCCUUGAAAACGCCUUCCUUAGCGCGAAAGGCUUCUUUGGCCGGGAUAACAACAGUCGAGACUCGUUGCCUGACUCCGAUGGAGAGAUGCAGAGCUACGAUUCCGAUAGCCCAGCUGGGAAGAAGGCUAGCCCUGCACCACGAUCAACUGUCUCCGAGAAAGAGAUAACCAAACCGAAAGAGACAAGCCCUGUGUUCCAUCAGUUCUUGGACGCGACAUAUCAGCUGCUUUACCAGCAUCCGACUCGAUUUGAGUUCAACGAACGUUUCCUUCGACGGUUACUUUAUCAUUUAUACUCUUGUCAGUUUGGUACAUUUUUGUUUAACAACGAGAAAGAGCGCGUGGAUUCCAAGGCCCGGGAACGAACUCGUAGCGUUUGGGACUACUUCCUCGCUCGACGAGAUCAGUUUACGAAUCCUCAGUACGAUCCUGAUAUCGAUGACCAUAUGCGCGGCAAAGAACGGCUCAUCUUCCCCCGAGUUAGUGAAACGCGAUGGUGGAAUGAAGUAUUCGGUCGAACAGAUGCAGAGAUGAACGGACCUCGUCCUUAUGCAACUGCACCAGCAGUCGCUCCUACCGAUAGUCCCAAUGGAGGGAGAACUCCGAUAUUGACGGGCAUCGAAACUGCGGGCCAGUCGGUUGACAACGGAGUGCCCGCGAAAACUUUACCGGAUGCCGCAUCAGCAGGGAUGGCAGCUGUAGCGUCUGGUAUCUCUAAGCUUACCUUGCCGACAGCCUCGGAGCGCAUCUCUGACACUGAUAAAAUGAAAGAGCUGGGAGUAGAGAUGCAAUAA